AUGGUAGAGAAGAGCGAUGGCGAGGAGGAGGCCCUGGUGGAGAUUCAAGUAGAUGCAGAGGAAUUUGCAGAGCGCGUGCUGAACACAAAAGGUAAACUUCGAGCACAUAUCACUGCGAAAUUGCACGCGUCUGGCGUAUCAAAUGUUUUUGAGUCCACUCGCGGAGACUGUUCCGUUGCCGAUAUUUUAUCAUCGCAAACGGAAGUUUUAAGUAAUUUGGCCAAGCAGGUGUCUGGACCAAAUUUAAGUUUCAUGCCAAAGUUAAAAAUCAAAUCGUUCUCUGGGGAGUUAACUGAGUGGAAAUCUUUUCAUGAUUCGUAUGUCACUUCCAUUCACAACAACUCGGUGUACUCAGCGUGUCAAAAGUUUCAGUUGCUGAAGAGUUACUUGACGGAAGCAGCAUACGAGUUAAUUGGGCAUAUUCCUGCGACUAACGAUAAUUAUCUAGAGGCAUGGAGUAAGCUAUGUGCGCGCUAUAAUAAGCUUGGUGUUAUAGCGCAUACUCAAGUUUCAAAGUUUCUUAGUUUGACAACUUUAAGUAGCCAAUCUGUUUCAUCUUUACGUAAAUUAUAUGACGGAGCUGACGAGGUUAUUCGUGGAUUGCGCGCACUGGGCGAACAAGCAGAAAAGAGGGACAUCUGGCUAAUACAUAUUCUACUCGGUAAACUCGAUUCGACAACUGCCAGGGAAUGGACGAAGUUCACGAAAUCAGACAACGAUUUUCCAACAUUAAAUGAGUUUUUGACGUUUUUGGACAACGCAUGUAUCACGUUGGAAUCUGUAACACCGGCAGCCACAUCGCGUACGGGAAGCCGUUCAGUUGCAGUUAAGACACAUCAAACGACGAUAGAAAUGAAAGUUAAAUGCCAAAAAUGCGGCGGUAUACAUGAGUUGCAUCAGUGCAGAGAAUUUCUUAGUAUGGAUGUUAAAGCUCGCAGAGCCUUUGUGGCCACUAAACGCAUAUGUUACAACUGCCUUAGAGUCGGUCAUAUAUCAAAUAAUUGCCGCUCAAAAUUCUCGUGCCGUAAUUGUCGAAAACGACACCAUAGCCUCUUACAUGAAGAUAAUCAGCAAACGCAGAAGUUAGAGUCAUUAGUGGACUCUGCAGUUAAUGUGAACUUUCACGCGCUACCUGCCAUUAACACUCUUUUGCCGACAGCGGUAUGUCUGGUAAGCGAUAGCUAUCAGUGUAAACAGUCGUGUCGCUUGUUGUUGGACAGCGGUUCUGAGAAAACUAUUAUAUCAGAGAGCACCGUCAGUCGCUUAGGGCUACAUCGAAAGCAUGCAAGAAUACCGGUACAUGGUUUGGACAACUCAGCUACUGGAAUAUCGCGCGGCUGGGUUUCUCUUCAAAUAACUUCCAGUGACAACAAUAAUACGUUCACAGUCGAUGCGCUAAUUAUGCCAACAAUUGCAUCGUUUAUGCCGGCAAAUGAACUAAAUAAAGAGCAGUAUAUUUCUUUUUUGUCUUUAGACUUGGCGGAUCCAUAG